UCGCCGGCAACUGCGUCACUCCAUCAUCCCCUCCUAUCGCUCACGAACCUCGGUAUUUGCACGAUAGUGUCGUAAAACCAUAAUACUAAAUAAAGUACACGACGUGUAAACAAAAACAAUAUUAUAAUAUUUAUAAUAACGACGAUGGUGUUAUUAUGAUAUGAUGUGACGACGGCGACGGAAUAUUGUUAUUAUAAUCGUACCGGGCGUUGUUACAUUCGGACGUGCAUAUUAUUAUGCGGUUUUAUUAUCACGAUUUCAACUUCGUCAUGCGGUGCAGGGCGGUCGUCUUGAUCGCGUCCACCGUGGCCAUCGCCGGCUGGUGGCCAGCCGUGGCUGUGGCUUGGAACACCGACAGACUGUACGGCACGCGGAUGCGAGCCCGGCUGACCGACGUGGCCGUGUGGCGGAACCGCGCGUACGCUUGCUGGCCCAGGGCUGACGCUUCACAACCGGUCACUCUGUUGGAACUGCCGUGGCCGGAGACCGCCGACGAACAACCACAACAACCAUCGUCGUGGACGCCUAGCAGGCCGUUUUACGCCGAUCAACAAAAACUCUACGACUGUCGCCGCGUUCAAUCGGCUGUUGCCGUCGACCUGGACAAAUUAAGAGGACACCUGUACGUGCUGGACAGCGGAUAUGACAACGUCAAGUGUCAACCGAAAAUUAUCGUCUAUGACCUGAAGACUUACAAAUGUAUACAGUCGGUGGAACUCGGGGGGCUCAACGGCUCGGGACUAGCCACGCUGGUGGUGGAUGCAAGACCGUUCAAAGGCGAGACGAAGGUGUACGUGGGCGACGAUCGCGGCGGACAUAUCACGGUGUUUGAUCCGGACAGGAGCGUUUGGUACAUGGUCGCAUUACGCAUCCAGAACCACGGCGGGACAGUUAUACAGCAGGACUACUACGGACCGGAAGUCGACCCGGAUGUGGCUGCAGAAUGCAUCGCUGUCUUCAAGCGUCAGUCGUCCGUGUACUUGACGUCGAGGCGCUCGCACGACUUGUACACGGCUUCGUUCAAGGAUCUCCGGAAUUUGACCUCUUACAUCACGCCUAGCAUAAAGAAUGGUGACGUACUUCCGGUUGGAUUGCGAGUGCACUGGGAAGGCGUCAAGCUGGGCGUUUCGGGCGGGUUUUACGCUGACAUACAGGGUGGUCUCAACUACGUGUACACCAGAGAUUUCGUGGCGGUCAGAUUGAGUAUCAUGACGGGCGGCGUACCGGUCGCAGCGGAAGACCAUAAGGUGCUGUUGCAGUCAUAUGACCUGUUACCGGCGGUCACAAAGAUUUUCACGGACAAUACGAAUUAUAGGCAGGUGUGGGCCCUAAACGCUAUGCCCAACGCGGAAAACCGACACCUGGUCAAAAUCAAUACGUUAUAAACAUUGUCAUCAGUAUGUGCACAUAAACAAUAUAAUAUUCUACACUACAUACACAUAGUAUCUGGGAGAAUGAGACAAUUUACAUGAGAAAUGUCGUCAACGCCUCGAGAUACACGCUGUAUAAACAAGGAGAUCCACCAAGCAUGCUCACCGCUUCACCCUUAUUUUUCCUACGUAAUAAUGAAUUUAUCAAAAUUCUGAUUCCGCAAAUUUUAAUUAUACUUAAAAGUUAAUAGGACGUAACACGAGCAUAUUUUGUUGUCUCCGUCUUACAAGCUAGUAACAUAUAGCAAAUGUAUACUCAGCAGAUGACCUUUAGCUUCGUUAUUAGUUUAAAAAUUAGAGUGAAUCGAUCCAUUAUUAUGAAACUUGAUGGUGAGAACAUUAUCUGUGUUUGUAUGUGGGUUUUUUACGAUGGUUAAAUUUUUUAGCAAGUUGUGCGUAUAUAAUAUAUAGCGUAAACUAAAAAUGUUCAUAACUCACUUAAAAACUGAAUUAACGAAAAAAACCUACAAUCAAACACAGAUAAUGUUCUUAAAAUCAAGUUUUAUAAGUAUAUUUUUAGACGAACAAAGCUAAACGUGGUCUGCUGACCGUACAUUUGCUAUGUUACGCACUUGUAAGACGGAGAAAACAAAUGUCAAUGUUACGUCCUAUUAAAGACCAUAUUUUCUAGUACUUAUGUUUUUUUUAUGCCAUUAAGGAUUGUCCUGUGACGAUACAACUAUACAAUACAACUUAAUACGUUUGGUGAGCAUACUUGGCGAAUCAUCCUGUAUAUAUUAUAAUUGACCGUUAUAUGCGGAUAUAGACGACGUUCGUUAACUGUAGACAUAAUACCUAUAAUAUACUAUAUAGUCGUAUGUAUUAUUAUGUCAUCCCAUAUAAGUGUUAAUACAUAUAAUGAAUAUAACCAUCACCGUUUACAGUACUUGUACAUAUAUUAGACUAUAAGAGGUACCACGUGAAACAUGGUGAUUAAUAUUUUAUUUAACUGAAUACGCUUAUAAUUAUCCAAGUAGAUUUUUGGUACUUAGUUUUAAAAGCAUAAUUUUACAAAGAAUUACAUUUUUACAAAAAAAAAAAAUAAAUAUAAUUAUUAUAGUUUCUAAUUGUAUACCUAGAGGUUUUGUAUGUUUUUUUAGUUUUAUAAUCAGAAAAACAACAUUUUGCUGACACAAUAUAUUACUGAGCAUUGAAUAAAUGGUUUUUGUAUUAGUAAGACGUAUAUUAUUUGAAUCGCUAACUGUAGAAAGGGGAUAGGUCCAUUUUUUUUAUAAGUUUUCAAAAGAGACAAAAAACGAAAUCAUAAUAUGUCCCUUUUUUGUAGUAAACUGAAAUUUUCAAACACUAUAUUUAGCGUUUGGAUAGUCGUAUUUGACUCGUUUCUGCAGUAAUCGAUGUAUUUACGCGUGUUUAAUGAAAAAUGAUGACAAAAUCGAAAUUGAUAAAAAUGGACUUGUCCCCUUUCUGCAGUUAGCGAUUCAUUUAAAGUUUAGAUGAAGAGUUGUGAUCUACAAUCUAAAUUCCGCUCAGCAUAUUUUGCUUUAAAUGUUUAUUAAUAAUAAAUAAUUGUUCGUUAACAAAUAACAAUAUUAUCGUGUUAUAUUAUGUGGACAUUAGACUUAUAUUUUUAUAAG